UGCGGGGGAUAAACAUCUUCUCCAACCUCCAUUCACUGCCAAACAUGUUCAAUAAACUAAAAUCAGGCCUUGGAAAAGUAAUUCCGCAGAAGUCUGAAGUCACAAAGAACCCAGAAGACUUGACUCAACCUGCUGCCUCUGUAGCCCCAGCACCUCCAUCCACAGCAAAUGCCAAGCCAGAAGCCCAGGAGCAGAAGCCCAAAGAAAAUCAAAAUGCUGCCACAAAAGAGGCGGACCCCAAGUCAGCUCCCUGUGCCCCAGCUCCAGCCCCACAGGCCCCACCUUCUGAGCCCCCCCAAAAAGCCAAAGAUGUCCUGAAUUCGGAAAGGAAGGCAGAAGAUCUUGCCGACAGCCCAGGCGAUCCAGCUUGUCAGGAAGAGGUUGGUCCUGCCUCGGUUCCCAUCAUCAUCAACAAGUACACCGACGAUCAUCUCCGUGACCUGGUGAAACGGCUGAAGGAAAGAACAGCACUGUACAGGGAGAAAAUCACAGAUAAGAACGCCUCCUCUCCUGAACCCAGUCCCCCUCCCUCUCCACUCAAAAAGCCCCCUCCGAAAAAGGAGGAAAAGAAGGAUGAAAAGAAAGACGAGAAGAAGGAAGAGGCUCAAGUGGAAGAAGCCAAGCCAGACGAGGAGCACUACUGCAACAUGCUGUGCUGUAAAUUCAAAACCAAGGCCCUGAAGGACAAGCUGAAGAAGUGUAAGCUGCCAGAGAGUUUGGAUGAGUUCACAGACCGCAGGUACAUCUUUUGGCUGUUUAUAGUGAGCUUGGCAUUCAACUACAACUGCUGGUUCAUCCCAGCUCGUAUGGCCUUCCCCUGCCACACAGCAAAGAGCAUCCCCUACUGGAUCUUCUUCGACACGCUGUCUGACAUAAUUUACAUCGUGGACACGCUGGUGUUCCAGACGCGCAUACAAUUUGUCCGAGGUGGUGAUAUCAUUUAUGAUAGAAAGGAAAUCAAGAAGCAUUACAGAGAGUCUGCAAGAUAUAGAAUUGACCUUAUCAGUGUGUUGCCCAUUGACCUGCUGUGCUUUCGUUUUGGAUUUAAGUCAGUAUUUAGAAUAAAUCGUUUCAUGAAGCGUGAGUCAUUCUUUGACUUUAAUGAUCGCUUGGAAGGUAUCAUGAGUAAAGCCUAUAUUUACAGAGUGAUACGCACCACAGGCUACCUGCUCUACAUCCUGCACCUUAAUGCCUGUUUAUACUACUAUGCUUCAGACUAUGAAGGUAUUGGAUCCACCAAGUGGGUUUACGAUGGCGAAGGCAAUGCGUACCUGCGCUGUUACUAUUGGGCAGUGCGUACCCUCAUCACCAUUGGGGGCCUACCGGAGCCAGUCACAGUAUUUGAGAUCGUGUUUCAGUUGUUGAACUAUUUCACAGGUGUCUUUGUGUUCUCCAGCUUGAUUGGGCAGAUGAGAGAUGUCAUUGGAGCUGCCACAGCAGGUCAGACAUAUUUCCGAGCCUCUAUGGAUAGCACUGUGGCCUAUAUGAACACCUACAAUAUUCCCAAGCUGGUUCAGAACAGAGUUCGCACCUGGUACAACUACACUUGGGCAUCCCAGGGCAUGCUGGAUGAGUCGGAGUUGCUGGAGCAGAUGCCGAUGACAAUGAGGACAGCUAUUGCCGUAGAUGUGAACUUCAACAGCGUCAGCAAGAUCGAGCUUUUCAAGGGAUGUGAUAACCAGAUGAUUGUGGACAUGCUACUCCGGCUGAAAUCCAUUGUGUAUUUACCAGGAGACUAUGUCUGCAAAAAGGGAGAAAUCGGCCGGGAGAUGUAUAUCAUCAAGCAGGGGGAGGUCCAGGUGUUGGGGGGCCCAGAUGGCACCAAAGUCCUGGUCACACUGAGGGCCGGGGCUGUGUUUGGAGAGAUCAGCCUGCUGGCAGCCAGUGGGGGAAACAGAAGAACAGCCAAUGUUGUUGCCCAUGGCUUCGCCAACCUCUUCAUCCUGGAUAAGAAGGAGCUCAACGACAUCCUGGUGCACUAUCCUGAUUCUCAGAGGCUUCUGUCAAAGAAGGGCAGAAAACUGAUGAAGGACAAGGGGAAAAAGGGGGGUCCGCCAGAGGAGAAAAAGAAAGGACUGGCCUUGUUCGACAAAAGGGCUGAGACCCCAAAAUUGUUCCGCGCUUUACUAUUAAUCAAAGGAAAAGGAGGCCUCUUCAGCUAGCUGAAGACUGAAGCCUGAAAGGCCCAAACACUUCGUCUUCCUGUGAUGUGUCUACAGGUUCUCCGGUCAACCUGUCUUUGCAGCUUUUUAUUGUUUUGUUUUUUCUUUAGGCUUGUACCAUAGUAAAAAGUCAUCAGUCUGCAGAUAUUUUCCAGCCUUUUCUCCUUUACAGCAUCUUCCAACUUUUGGAAGUAAAGGGAAUUUCAAAGCAAAAUAAGCUCAGGCCACUGUGUUUAGUGCCAUAGAGUACACUGUUAUUGGAUAUUAGCUUUUCUGGCUUGGAUGAGUUGAAAUAGGAUCAUGAUUAAAUGCCCCAUAUUUCUGAAAAACUUUCAGACAUGACAGGCUUUAAACACAGACAUUGAAAUGAAAAAUAUUCAAUGCCCAAACUGUGUAUUAAACUUUCACUUGAGUGAAAUUAAACAGGAAUAGGGCAACAAACACAUAUAACAUGACUGUA